UUAAAUGACAAAUUUGUGGCAUCAAUACAACAGUCAAUAAUAAUAAUAUUUUGGUAAAGAAGAAGAAGAAGAGGAAGAAGAAAAUGGCUUCAAAAGAGUCGUCCAAUAGUUCGGUGCAAAUGAUGCACAAACUGUUGCCAAUACUCUUAUAUAUUCGUAAUUAUAAUGAAUAUAAUCGACACAAACCAUCGCAACCAUCCAUUGAAUGCAAUAAAUUUUCGGCCAAUAAUUGUAAUCUGAAAAUGUUAAGAGUUUCCCAACAAAUCACUGCUUAUUAUGAGGCCGAAGCGCGAUUGAAUGCCCGAAGACAGGCCAGAGCUGAGGCCCGAGCCAUAAGAGCUAUUGAAUUGGAGAGACAACAGAGGGAACAAAAUCUAAGUAAUGAAAGACUGUCCAAAUCGUUAGCCAGAAGUAAACUCAUCAGUGGUUCCAACAGUGAUAUACCUAAUAAAUCAUCACUUAUGAGAAGAAAGAGUUCUUGCUCUUCAUAUACGAGUUCCAGAAGAAGUAGCGAAAGUUCAAUUGAUUUGCAAAAUUCAGAAGAAAAACAUAUUAUUACACAAUUAUAUGACUUAGACGAUAAAUAUAAGGAAGUAAUGGUAAAUAACGCACAGUUAGAAAAUGAGAAACAAUCGCUUUCCUAUCAGAUAAACAUCUUUAAGGAUGAAUACGAAGAAAUUGAAGAAAAUUAUAUCCGUCUAAACAAACAAUAUAAGGAUAAAGUUAAGUCAUUGGAUCAAUUGGGCCGCAACUAUAAAACUGUGCAAAAAGAUUGUGAUUUUUACAGACAAUGUCUUCGUCAAAGAAAUUAUUUAAUAGAGGAGGCGGGAUUAGUGUUUAUGGAUUCAGAAGAAAACAACCAUUUGUGUCAAUCACGAGUCAAUCAUUUAUUAAGUAGUGAUUUAAGUGACACUAAAAGUGAAUCAUUGGGCGAUGAAAGCGGUUCCGAGUCUGGUAUUAGUGGAAGUGUCACUAAAACACCGACAAAUGUUUCUUUAGUUUCAAGAGAAGCGGCACAACUUUUAGCUGCUGUCGAUGGUCUGUCACUGGAGUCUAAAAUAAGGACAUUAUUGUCUGAAAGACAGCUAUUAGUCGACGAUUUGGAUCAAUUAAAAACUGAUUUGAAAGAUGAAAGACAAAAAGCUAUCAAAUAUGAAGAGUUGACUCUAAUUCAAGCCAACAGUCAAUCAGCUAAUUACGACACAAAUCCUAAUAUUCAAAGAGAGGCAAACAAAUUAGUUUCUGAUUAUAAAUUAAAACUCGAAAGAUUUGAACACGAGAUCAGUACACUUAACGGCACUGUUAUGCGACUCGAGACACAACUGACCCGAUAUAGGAAUGCAGUCGAAGAGGCGGACAGAGUGGAGGAAGAAUUGAAAGCAGAGAAAAGGAAAACUAACAGAGAGUUAAAAGAGGCAUUGGCUCGGAUUGACGAGUUGGAGACAGAGAGUGCACACUUGCAGAAGCGCAUCGAUAAAUUGAAAUCUAACCGUAAUAUUAAUGGUUAAGUCAUUAUAUGUCGAUAUCAAUGAUUUCCACAAAUUGUUUUAAACAGUACACAUCA